AUGACCAGAGAUGUCGAGCGAAAUGGACCGGCUGUCGAAAGGCACAGUGAAGUUGUGAGUGCCACCACACCUGAACUCGCCUCAAUUGGCUUGCAGGCAGCACUGACACCUGUUCUCUGCGCUGGCAUUGGUUGCCUGGCGUGUGUGCUGCUCACUUGUGUGCUGCGUGCUGGGAGCCCAACACUUGCGCAGCAGGAGUACUACUGA